AACGAAAACGAAAGUAACUGAAGACAACACGCAGAUAGCAAGAGAAAGCGUUGCUCGUUAGAUUUGAUGUCCUAGAAAACAUUUUUCAUUUUCAAGCUUAAAGCACAGAAAAAAAUGAGUGUUUCAAAUGCUUAUAGAUUCUCUGCGUAGUGGACAAGACUGCAAUUCUGUUGUUGAUUCAGGGUUAGCAUCAUCUGAGGUCCUCUGAGGGUCAGCAUCAUCUCUUCUCAGGUGUUCUGGAUCCAGACUGGAGCUUGUGUAAAUCCUAGUUAGAGAAGAGAGGAAAGAUGAGUCUCUCACACAAACAGAGUGUAAGAUCAGGCUCACAUGUGUCUGUGAAGAGUGACUGGUCAAAGGGUAACAUGCCGAACUUCAGUGAGAAAAAAACAUCUAUCAAAAGUGUAAGAUCAGACUCACAUGUGUCCAGCUCUGUGUCUGUGAAGAGUGACCAGUCAAAGGAUGAACCACCAGUCUUCAGUGAAGAAACAACAUCACGAACCAAACGGCUUCAGUAUGAAACAUUAGAUCCAGAUUUACAGUCUCACAGGAACCACAAGAAUUUUACAGACAGUCUCCUGCAGAUCUUCCAGGAUCUUGAGAGCAAAAUAAUAACAUUUCUGAAGAAAGAACUGGAAAAGUUUAAGAAAAUAUUACAAAAAGAGGACAUGCAGAACUUGGUGAAGGACUUUAAUGAGAACAGAUGCAGUAUGAAAGAAGCAGCUCUUGAUCUCACGCUCUACUUCCUGAGAGAGAUGAAGCAAGAUGAAGCUGCUGAUGCUCUAGAAGACGAGCUGGUCUUCAUUCAUCAGCUAAAGUGUAGCCUAAAGAAGAAGUAUCAAUGUGUGUUUGAAGGAAUUGCAAAGCAAGGAGACUCUACACUUCUGAAGAACAUCUACACAGAUCUCUAUAUCACUCAGGGUUGUAGUGAACAGGUCAAUACUGAACAUGAGGUGAGACAGAUUGAAGUUGCUUCCAGACGUCAUGAAUCACAGGAGAUACAGGUUGAGUGCAAACAUUUGUUUGAAGCACCUGAACAAGAGAAGCAGAUCAGAACUGUACUGACAAAAGGAGUUGCUGGCAUCGGAAAAUCAGUCUCUGUGCAGAAGUUUGUUCUGGAUUGGGCCGAAGGAAAAGAAAAUCAAGAAAUCAGCUUCAUAUUUCCUCUUCCAUUCAGAGAGAUGAACUUAAAGGAGCAAGAAAAACUAAGUUUGAUGGACCUUAUAACUCAGUUUUUCCCAGAGACAAAAGGACUGAACCUCACAAGAAGAAAUCAAUUCAAAGUCUUGUUCAUUCUUGAUGGAUUGGAUGAAUGUCGACUUCCUGUAAACUUUAAGGAUAAUGAGACGUGGUCUGAUGUUUCAUCACCAGUCUCUCUGGAUGUUCUCCUGACGAACCUCAUCAAGGGAAAUCUGCUUCCUUCUGCUCUCAUCUGGAUCACCAGCAGACCAGCAGCUGCCAGUAAGAUUCCUCCUGACUGUAUCGACCGGCUGACAGAGAUACGAGGAUUCAAUGAUGCACAAAAGGAGGAGUACUUCAGAAAAAGAUUCACAGAUGAGAUUCAGGCCAAAGAAAUCAUUGAUCAUGUUAAACAAUCAAAGAGUCUCUUUAUCAUGUGCCACAUCCCAGUCUUCUGCUGGAUUUCAGCCACUGUUCUCCAGAACAUUUUAGAGGAGAAAAGAAAUAAUGUUGUGAAAAACAAUCAGGCUGAUGAUGCCUCCAGAACACUGCAGGAGUCAAAUACUGAAGACACUCCUAAGACUCUGACACAAAUGUACACACACUUCCUCAGAUUUCAGAUCCAGCAGAGCAGACGAAAGUAUGAUGGAGAACAUACACCAGAUGUUUCCUGGGAUAAAGAUGCCAUCUUUUCACUGGGGAAACUGGCAUUUGAUCAGCUGGAAAGAAACAAUGUGAUCUUCUAUGAGAGAGAUCUGGAAGCCUGUGGUAUUGACGUCUAUAAGGCAUCAGUGUACUCAGGCAUGUGUACCCAGAUCUUUAAGGAGGAAACAGGGAUCACUCUUGGUACCAUGUACUGCUUCGUUCACUUGAGCAUUCAAGAGUUUAUUGCAGCCCUUUAUGCACAUCUGUUUCUAGACAUGAAGAAGAAAAGUAUAUUUGUUCAUGCGUUUACAAAAUGGAAAUAUAAAAGUAAAACAAUGCUCAAGACUGCAGUGGACAAGGCUCUAGAGAGUGAUAAUGGACACCUGGAUCUUUUUCUUCGCUUCCUCCUUGGUUUGUCACUCCAGUCCAAUCAGAGACUCUUACAGGGUCUUUUGACACAUGAAGAAGACAAUGACCAGAGCAAAGAGGAAAUAGUUCAGUACAUCAAGCAGAAAUUAGAGUCGAAUCUGUCUCCAGAGAGAUCCAUCAAUCUGUUCUACUGUCUGAAUGAACUGAACGACCAAACUCUGGUGAAAGACAUUCAGACCCACCUUAGCAAAGGAAGUCUCUCAUCUGCUGAUCUUUCACCUGCCCAGUGGUCUGCUUUGGUCUUUGUGUUGUUGACAUCAGAGGAGGAGCUGGAGGAGUUUGAGCUUCAGAAAUUCAAGAAAUCAGACGAGUGUCUCAUUAGAUUAUCAGCAGUCAUCAAAACCUGCAAAAGAGCUCUGCUAAAUGAUUGUGGCUUAACUGACAAAAGCUGUCCAGCUCUGGCUUCAGUUCUUGGAUCAGAUACCAAUCUGAAAGAGCUGAACAUGAACAAUAAUAAUCUGCAGGAUUCAGGAGUGAAGCUGCUCUGCACUGGACUUAAGGAUAUAAAUUGCAAACUAGAGAUACUGAGUCUCAAGAACAACUGUAUCACUGAAGGAUGUUGUCAUGUUCUGGCUGCAGCUCUAAGUUCAAUCCCUUCAAAUCUGACAGAGCUGGAUCUGAGCACGAAUCAAAUAGGAGACUCUGGAGUGACAGAAAUCUCCAGUCUGCUGAUAAAUUCACAGACACUACAGAUACUCAGACUUUCAGACUGCAGUAUCACUGAAGAAGGUUAUAAAGCUCUGUCUUCAGCUCUGAGAUCAAACCCUUCAAACCUGAUAGAGCUGGAUCUCACAGGAAAUGAUCCUGGAGAAUCAGGAGUGAAGCAGCUCAGUGAUUUACUACAGGAUCCAAACUGUCAACUCAAGACACUGAGGUUUUUGGGUCCUGCUGCAGAUGAAGGCUGUCAGUAUGUGACUGGAAUUGUGGGUAAAAACCCGUUACUCCUGAGAGAGCUGAAUCUGAGUAAACAUGAACUAGGAGACACAGGAGUGAAUCAGAUCUCUGCUCUACUGCAGGAUAAACACUGUACACUCAACACACUGAAUCUGAAGAACAACUGUAUCACAGAAGGAGGUUGUCAUGUUCUGGCUGCAGCUUUAAAUUCAAACCCUUCAAAUCUGACAGAGCUGGAUCUGAGUGAGAAUAAACUAGGAAACCCAGGAAUGAAGAUCAUCUCGACUCUAUUUGAAAAUGUACAGUGUAGACUGGAAAAGCUGAAGUUAAACUGCAUCAGUAUUACAGAUGAAGGUUGUGCUGCUCUGGCAUCAGCGUUUAAUUCAAACCUCAGAGAGCUGGAUCUGAGCAGGAAUCAAAUAGGAGACUCUGGAGUGACAGAAAUCUCCAGUCUGCUGAGAAAUUCACAGACACUACAGAUACUCAGACUUUCAGACUGCAGCAUCAGUGAAGAAGGUUAUAAAGCUCUGUCUUCUGCUCUGAGAUCAAACCCUUCACACCUGAUAGAGCUGGAUCUCACAGGAAAUGAUCCUGGAGAAUCAGGAGUGAAGCUGCUCAGUGAUUUACUACAGGAUCCAAACUGCCAACUCAAGACACUGAGGUUUUUGGGUCCUGCUGCAGAUGAAGGCUGUCAGUAUGUGACUGGAAUUGUGGGUAAAAACCUGUUACUCCUGAGAGAGCUGGAUCUGAGGGGACGUAAAGUAGGAGACACAGGAGUGAAUCAGAUCUCUGCUCUACUGCAGGAUAAACACUGUACACUCAACACACUGAAUCUGUGUAGAUGCAGUAUUACAGAGGAACAGUGUCUCAUCCUGACUUCAGCUCUGAAAUCAAACCCAUCACACCUGAGAGAACUGAACCUGAGCUGGAAUGAACUACUAGGAGACUCUGGAGUGAAACACCUCAGUGAUCUACUGAUGAACACACAAUUCAAGCUGAAGAAACUAGAUCUGUGUGGAUGCAGUAUUACAGAGAAACAGUGUCUCAUCCUGACUUCAGCUCUGAAAUCAAACCCAUCACACCUGAGAGAACUGGACCUGAGCGGGAAUAAACUACUAGGAGACUCUGGAGUGAAACACCUCAGUGAUCUACUGAUGAACACACAAUUCAAGCUGAAGAAACUAGAGCUGCGUGGUUGUGGUCUAACAGAGGAAAGCUGUUCAGCUCUGGCUACAGUCCUGAGAUCAAACUCCAGUCUGAAAGAGCUUGACCUGAGCAACAAUAAUCUGCAGGAUUCAGGGGUGAAGAAACUCCAGAAAGGAUUAGAAAAUACAAAAUGCACAUUGGAGAAACUCAGACUUUCAGACUGCAGUAUCACUGAAGAAGGUUAUAGAGCUCUGUCUUCAGCUCUGAUAUCAAACCCUUCACACCUGAUAGAGCUGGAUCUCACAGGAAAUGAUCCUGGAGAAUCAGGAGUGAAGCAGCUCAGUGAUUUACUACAGGAUCCAAACUGUCAACUAAACACACUGAGGUGUUUGGGUCCUGCUGCAGAUGAAGGCUGUCAGUAUGUGACUGGAAUUGUGGGUAAAAACCCGUUACUCCUGAGAGAGCUGGAUCUGAGUAAACAUGAACUAGGAGACACAGGAGUGAAUCAGAUCUCUGCUCUACUGCAGGAUAAACACUGUACACUCAACACACUGAAUCUGUGUGCAUGCAGUAUUACAGAGAAACAGUGUCUCAUCCUGACUUCAGCUCUGAAAUCAAACCCAUCACACCUGAGAGAACUGAACCUGAGCAGGAAUGAACUACUAGGAGACUCUGGAGUGAAACACCUCAGUGAUCUACUGAUGAACACACAAUUCAAGCUGGAGAAACUACAUCUGUAUAGAUGCAGUAUUACAGAGAAACAGUGUCUCAUCCUGACUUCAGCUCUGAAAUCAAACCCAUCACACCUGAGAGAACUGAACCUGAGUCUAAAUGAACUACUAGGAGACUCUGGAGUGAAACACCUCAGUGAUCUACUGAUGAACACACAAUUCAAGCUGGAGAAACUAGAUCUGCGUGGAUGCAGUAUUACAGAGAAACAGUGUCUCAUCCUGACUUCAGCUCUGAAAUCAAACCCAUCACACCUGAGAGAACUGAACCUGAGCGGGAAUAAACUACUAGGAGACUCUGGAGUGAAACACCUCAGUGAUCUACUGAUGAACACACAAUUCAAGCUGGAGAAACUAGAUCUGUGUGGAUGCAGUAUUACAGAGAAACAGUGUCUCAUCCUGACUUCAGCUCUGAAAUCAAACCCAUCACACCUGAGAGAACUGAACCUGAGCGGGAAUCAAAUAAGAAACACAGGAGUGAAUCACUUAUGUGACGUACUGAAGGAUUCACGCUGUAAACUGGAGAGAUUGAGUCUUUGUGUCUGUGGCAUUACAGAUGUUUCUUCUUUAACUCAGUCUUUGACAAACACAAAAGCUCUGCAGUUUCUAAAAGAGCUUGAUCUGAGAUAUAAUGUGAUUGAAGACUCAAAGCAGAAGCUCAUUGAUGUGCUACGAGACUCAAACUGUGAACUGAGAGUAAAUAAAGUUCCUGAUAGAGUUAAAUCACCAGAAGCUGGUGAAUGCUGUAUCUCAUAAAGUGAAGUGAUCUUGAGAGGAGAAGUAAACAUCAGCUGAAGAUCCACAGAAGAGCUUCACUACUGUGUCUAUGAGGAGAAAUAAAUGUGUGAUAAAUGUGUAAAUGUGAUCCAUACAGGUGAAGAGACUCAGACUUUACAAUCAAAUAAUGCAGCAUGUGUGUUAGAAACAUGAUAUUGAAUGAUUAAUGUUGCUUUAGUAUUCAAGCAGAUGAUCAUUGUGUUUAAUGUAAAGCUGGAACAGAGGAGGAAGAAACUCAGAUGAUUCUAUUUUACUUUAUAUUUAGUUGUGUGUCUGUUGUUAAUGUACAUGUAUCCAGUAUGUAGUCUUUGUUCUGUGGAUGGAGUCUCUCCUUCAUCAAAUCAACUAAACAUUUUCACAAGUUAA